AUGCAUUCGAAUCAUCAUCAACAGCAACAACAACACACCACCCAGACAUUGCCUCAAGGCUGUAAUCGUAAAAGUAAUGGUUAUGCGAUCAAUGGCACUAUACAAACUACCGAAAUUCUUUCACAGACUAAUGCAACAACAAAUGCUAACACAACCUCGGCAACAACUGCAGCAACAGCAAAUGAUUUGAAUUUCUUGCCACAACUAAGGCUGACACCACAAACUCAAGGAACAGAACAGCCUGCAACAACAUUUGUAUUUACAUCGCCGACUUCCACAUUCAAACGUAAGAAGCAACAGCAAUUGUUAAAAGAAGAACAGGAAGUUGAACAACAAAGGCAAAAACAGCAACAACAACAACUGCAACAGGAGCAUUAUAACAAUAACUUGUAUAAAAUUGGCAAUAGCCACCAAGAAAGGCCAAUAGGCACCACUGAAAGUGCAACAACCUUAAGCGAAGAUUAUCACAGCAGGACUACAAUAGUAAAUACAAAUAAUAGAGGAAGUAAUUUAACUCCCAAACGGCAGUCUCUACUAUUACAACAACAACAACAACAACAACAACCACGAACCAACAGCAGCAGCAACACUAACCCUAUAACAAAUGAUACAAAGACGGUGAUAAACAAUAGUUUAGGUGUUUUACUAACAGACACCGUUACAUAUGCACCCUCAUCAUCGUCUGCAACAACAUUCUCUUAUAUCAACGGAAACGGAACUCUAAACAGAAACUCGAACGGUAACGGAUCUACACGUUUAACAUUUAAAACGCACACACUACCAGCCAUAACAAAAACAACAACCCCUUCUACCUUUAUUACGGAUGGUGUGGUGGAUUUGGUGGCAACAACCAACGUAACAAAAUCAAAAGGUCUUACCGGGCGGGAGAAUAAACACAACAAACUGUCCGCAUCGUUUAAACGUCGUCAGAAAAUGCAAGCCAGCAGUAGUGGUGGCAGUGGUACCACAACAGCAACGGCAAAAGGCAACAGUACUUCGAGUCUAAUGGAUGACAUUGAAAUGCAUUUGGGUUUAAUUGGAUGGCGCAAAAAGUGUCUUUACACUUUACUGGUGCUCUUAAUGCUAUUGAUAAUCAUAAACUUAGGACUAACACUAUGGAUAUUGAAGGUCAUGGAAUUCUCAACGGAAGGUAUGGGUCAACUGAAAAUUGUUCCUGGUGGUAUACAACUAACUGGACAAGCUUUAAUUAUGGACAUGUUAAGAGCAUCCACAAUACGCUCAAGGCAUGGGCAACCUAUAGCAAUAGAAUCAUCACGUAAUUUUUCAAUCAAUACACGUGACACGAAUGGUAUGCUCGAAAAUCAUUUAUUCCUGGGACACGAUAAGCUUGAGUGCAUGGCGACAGGUUUUCGUAUCAAUGAUACAAACGGAAGAAAUUUAUUUUCUGUAAAUCGUAAUGAAGUUACAAUCGGUGCACACGCUCUACGGAUUGAUGGUGAAGGUGGUGCCAUAUUUCGAGAGUCAAUACAGACACCACAUGUACGUGCCGAACCGGGACGUGAAUUAAGAUUGGAAUCACCCACACGUCAAUUGGAAAUGACAGCUGCAAAGGAUAUAAAUUUUCAAUCACGUGCAGGAGGCAUUGAAAUCUCCGCACUGGAGGAUGUUAAAUUGACAGCACUGGAUGGAAGUCUACGCUUUGAAUCCUCCAAGAUCUUCAUGCCCAACCUACGAACUGUGCAAUUACCCUUGCCAGGGACACCACAAAGUCGUGAACAUCUGCAUCGUGUUUUUCAAUUAUGUGCCUGUGCGAAUGGUAAAUUAUUUUUGGCGGCGCCACACUCAAUAUGCGCCGGGGAUGAUACAACCGUUUGUAGAUGAUCAACAGAAGAAAAUCAACAGGACAAUAAUAGAAAAGCAAAAAAGGAAACAAAAACACACAAGAUUAUAAGAAAUACAUAAGAACUGACAAUGCGCCUGAUGCAGGGGUUUAGAUAAAUACACUUAGAGAAAACAAAUUAACUAAAAACAAAGGUAGUUUUUAAAAUAUAUAAUAACAAGUAUAAAAAUAAAAUAAAAGCCGCCGAAAGUUAUUUGUGUUAAAAAGUUUUGUAUGUUGAAUAUAAAAUAAAAAUAUUUUAAUUUAUUUUUAGUAUUUAGUAGAGAGUAUAUUAUAAAUAUUGUUUGUUAUUAACUAAAAAUAAAUAUAAAAUAUAAAAUACAUAAAAUGUAUGUAAAUAUUAUUGAAAAUAUAAACUAGUUGUUGAUUUAGUCCAAAAAUGAGAAGAAUAUUACUAUAACUAGUAAUUAAUAUUAAUAAAUAGGGCAAUUAUUAUGCAAAAAAAAAGUUAAUGAUUAAACCCAAAAAUUCGCAAUAAAAUUGAAAAAAAAAUAUUUAUAUGAAAGAGUAUGUGUCUAUUAAAAUUUAUACCAUGAAUGAAAGAAUACAUGUAUACUUAUGUAAAUUUAUAUAUAGAGUAUAAAACAAAUACAAAACCUAUUUAUAUAAAAAUAGACAUACCAACAUACAUAUGUAGAAAUAUUCAAACACAUAUAAUCAAAUUGAAAAGUAAAAUACGAGGAUGUUUCAAAAAUAAGAUACAGGUAAGCGAAAAGACAACUUUAUCCUGCAUACAAAAUUUAUCGGUAAAUCUACACCUCGUAUUUUCAUAUCAUUAUUAAAUAGUUCAUAUGUAUAAAACAGAGGCCUAUUAGUCGUAAGCUUUAAGAAAGUAGUUAUAAAAUCCCACAAUUUCUUAAAAAAAAUAAUAAUUUAAGUAAAAACAUUAUAUCAAAAAUAUUUUAUAUAGAUUAUUAACUCAAACCAUUUAAGCAACAUAGUAUAAUUUAUUUUAUAUAUAAAUUCCUGUUUUAUAUUUAAAUUUAUUUAGUUUUAAACCAAUAGUGUUCUUUACUUUUUGUUUAAAAUUGUAUAAAAAUUUGUUUGUCAUAUACUUUUGCCUCCCAAUACCCACACAAAUACAUAAAUAUAUUUAACAAAAAUAGUUAUACACCAAAAUCAAAGAGCUUCUUUUAAUUAAUAACUAAAAAAUAUACUAAACUAUAAUGGUUAUAACCUAGUUUAUAAUGAAAUAUAUAUGAAGAUAAACAAAUGUAAGCAAGAAAAUAUACGAAAGUUAUGCGUAAUCAACUUAUAUCAAAACAAACGGUAAAACAUUCUUCAAUUUUAUUAGAUUCAGCCAAUUUUAUUUUCAUUAGCAAAAACCAGUUGUAAUAC